AUGACGACCAGACGACCACUUUCGAGUCCGUCGUCCUCUCCACCCAGCAAGCGGCAACGACUCUCAUCUCCCAUAUACGAUCAACAAGCUGGGAACAUCACAAGCGAAGAUUUGGAAGCGUUUGACCGAUUCGAGGCCUCACAAUCGUCCAAUGCUGACUUCCGCAACGAUCCUGAGAACCCAUUUGCCGCUGGUGCAGCCGGCUUCACUUCCGCAUCCAAACUCCACACUACUCGACCCGCCUCUCCAGGUGACCGACGUUCAUCUUCUCCGCCCCCACCCGAACCAGAUUACGAUGCCUGGUUCGCCCCUGCUACCGGCGUGCCAACAAUGGUCACCUUUCAGACCGCCAGAACAGCGGCGACCGCCGCACCCUCUGCCACCUUUGGGAAGGCAUCCGGUGUUGGCGUUUUCCAGCCAUCGAGCGCUGCUCUUGCAAAAGCCAAGGAGAAAAUGAGUGUAUGGACGGAGACAACGACCACUACAUCGCAAAGCGGCGUUGAGAACUUGUUUAAAUCGGCUGCAAGUCUGCCCCGGGUGGCAUCGCCAGAACGACCGAUACGAACGUUGGGAAACGCAACCAAUUCACCCAGCACCCCAAGUCCUGCCGAAGGUUUCCGUUCUGCCUCGAUGGCCUUGUCGACACAAUCAACACCGUCUAUCGCUUUAUCGAAUAAUAAACGAUUCAAAGCUCCCACAUUUGUCAACUCCCCUCUCAAUCCCAACGCCCGUCGCCCAGAAUCUACUCUUAACCACAUGCUUUCAACACCGUUGAGGACACCGUAUCGUUCUGCUCAGCCACUACCAAGUAGCUCGGCUGUUCGUACUAAACCGGCCUUCAAGACACCAUUUAAGGCCGGCAUGAAGCCCGGCCAAGUGGGACAUGCAGCCCUACUAACCAAGCAAACGCCAGUUCAAACUACACCGCUUAAAACUCCCACCAGCGCUCUGCCUGCCCCAACACGAACUGUGAAACAAUUCUUCGAUUUGAAACCACCUCCAGAAAGGAAAACUCUCCGUUCCUCUGGACGAACCCCACAGGAAUAUACUGCUGCUGAUCUUACGCAAUAUGGAGUAAACGUAGCUGAGCUUGAAAGAAUCACACCAUCUAUAGCUGCGUAUUACAGCUUUCACACCACCACUCCAGAGCUAUUGACCGAACUACCAUUUACUCCCUCGAAGGCUUUCGGGACAGCUGCGGCCCUCGAAGAACUACUAGCAAGAGGUUGCUCACUUGCUACUAAACGAUGGGUCGAUAAUCAUUGGUGUCUUAUCCUGUGGAAACUUGCAGGAAUGGUCUGCCUUGAACCCGAGUUAGAGAAGGAUCCAAGAACCAAACGAUGGUGUUGGGAGGAAGUAAUGCGACAAUUGUUCUACCGAUAUGAACGUGAACUCAACUGUGGUGUGCGACCGCCACUACGCAACAUCGCGACCCAGGACGCGCCAGCUUCUUGUCCGAUCGUUUUAUGUGUGUCCAAUAUCACAUGGUUGGAUGGUGGAAUGUCCGACGAUGGGGUUGCGCUUCCAGCCCACCCAGAACUUGAAGUCACAGACGGUUGGUACCGUUUGCGUGCUCAAGUUGAUGCGCCACUCGCUCGCGCCAUUCGAAGAGGUGUCAUUCGUAUUGGGCGGAAAGUCGGCGUGGUCGGUGCUCAACUAUCGAACGAGCGCAAAGAACCUCAAGAAGUGUUGGAGGCUUAUAAUUCGACCAAGCUGCAGUUUGUGGGGAAUUGUACCCAUCUUGUGCCAUGGCACACUAAACUUGGAUUCCAAACCAGUCCCUGGAUAGCGACGAUGCGUAGCUUGACUGCAGAUGGUGGUCUGGUUCCUGCGCUGGAUGUCGUACUUUUGAAGGUUUAUCCGGUAGCAUACAUUGAGUUUAUUGAGGAAGAUGGCCAAAAGCGACGCGAAGGCCCACGAAGUGCCAAGGAAGAAGCACAAGAAGAGGAGCACUGGAAGCGUCGUCGUGAGGUUCAUGAAAGUAAGCUUCGGGAAGCAAUGGACAAGAAAGAAAUGCGCUAUCGAGGGUAUGCGGAACGACUAGAGCGGAAGGCUGGGCGGUCCAUAACGUCCGGCGAGGAUGAACCGCCCGACGAGAUCGACGACUUGUAUGAUCAACUGGAAGAGGCGGAUGAAGCAGCUCAAGUACUGUCGCAUAUAAGUGCAGUCAAUGCUGGGUGGCUUGCACGGUGCAUUAUGAACCGGUUAGAGAAGGAGCGUGAACGAGGGGCAGAUGAGAUCGAACAAGAACUAAAGACGUCAUGUCCCCCGAGGGAAGUUCGCAACUUCAGGGUAAUCUUUGUGCAAGAUGCUGUGACCGUAAGGCGGACAUCGAGUCGAACUGCACAACUUACCAUCUGGGACGCGCUCAAGUACCCGGCUAUGAAUAUGUCUUAUGUCUAUGCAGUCCACGCCUUCGUGCCAGAGCACGAGGAUGAGGUCCCAUUCGAAGUCGGGGAGCGCAUAGAAGUAGUAGAGAGGGAUGAUGAGUUCGGGGAUGGGUGGUGGAGAGGUCGCAAUCUUGCGGGCAAAGUCGGUCUAUUCCCUCAGAGCUAUACGACAACAGUGCCACCACCAGAUGCGCCGAAUCCAACAGUCCCGCCUCCCGAAGCUGAUACUUCUGUCCCUGCGCUCCAAGCCCUACCGGAAGAACUUGAGUCUCCAGAGAUUUCUCCGCUCUCUCCCCCUCCUGAUAUUCUUCUCAACGACAACGGAGUCGAUGGGAAUGGAGAGAUGAUGAAGGCUACCAUGACCGACGUUCAAAAGGCCAUUGAGCAGCUCGGCAGCCGAAACCGGAGUAACAGCGUCAACUUUGACCACGAUGCUCGAAGUUUCAGUUUUGCUUCCACGAGGGACGAACGAACCUCAGACGAUGAAGAGACAGAUUUCGAUAUAAGUGAAGGGGAGGGCUGGCACAAGGGUGCGCGGAGAAAGCUCGCCGAGAAAGCUCGUCAGGCUGUUGCGGAGGCGGAAAAGUUGGAGGCUCUCUCAACUGGUCUCAGCAGCCGCACCAGUGCCCCUCCAAUCGAAGUCGACAUCAGCGACGAAAGCGAAAAUGAAGGAGACGAUGACGACCACGACAUCUAUAACUCACCACUCCGAGAACAUCCAUACAUACCAGAGGAGGAAGAACCCGCAGAAGAUGUUGACCAACUUGGCCGUAUGCGUUCUCAAGAAGACAUCCCAGCCACCGCAACUGCCCACUCUUUCCCGUCAACCGAAGUCCCGCCGACCCCCGUUUCUCUCGGAAUGCCUCCAACAGUUGUGCCUAUCGUUGAACCAGUCGCUGUCAUUCCAUUACCGCCUUCUCCCACCCCCAUCCCCCCGCCAUUGGAGACUUCACGUGACAAGACGGUUUCUCCAGGAUUGCCAUCGCCUGCAUUGUCCGGAGGGCAGGCCGGAGUCACAUCCAAACACAGCAGUGUUGCUUCUUCGGCCGCCUUGGCAGCUGGAGUAGUAUCAAAACCCAGCAGCGUUGCAUCUGCCCCGUUAUCAGCCCUUAGCGAAGGCAAACAACGAGAAGAUAGCGGGCAUGCUGCGAGUGUAGGCAGUGCGCCAAAGCAUCCUUCCGAGUGGUCUGUGGAAGAGGUUGUCGAAUGGCUCAGGUCCAAAGGCUUUGACGACGAUGUCUGUGACAAAUUUACAGAGCAAGAAAUCACUGGAGAUGUUUUGCUCGAUUUAGAUGUCAAUCUUCUCAAGACUGAGAUUGGCAUUAUGGCUUUCGGAAAGCGUAUGCGAAUCGCCAAUACUAUCGCCGAUCUUCGACGACCUCCUUCCCCAUCUGCUUCAUUCUCACAAGGCUAUAACCCACAAAACUCUCCUCAACACGCACAGUAUGCAGUCGCCUAUCCACACCCCCACACAGCACAGCCAUAUCCCAACUCGCCUCAAUACACAGGGCAUUCACGGACACAGUCCCAAUCUCAUUCGCACAACUCAUAUAAUGGGCACACAAGUCUACAAUCCUCUGUUGGUUCUCCAUUAGCCAAUGGCUACCUUGCACAAACUUACGGCCUUCCCAAUGGACUCUUAAGUCCAGAAAGCGCCACCAAUGGCGAGUUCCUCAUCAGUCCCGUUGAGGAACAGCCAAAGACGGACAUUGUCGACCUGGGGGCAUCUUCAAAUGAUUCGAUGGGGGCAAAAGUAAAGGGGCGUCCAGCUCAGCUCACUUUGUCUCCCAGCGAUGGGGCCUUGAAAGCUACUGCAACUCAGAGCGAUGUCGUUGAAGAAGAUGAGCGGGCUGUCAUGAGCGAAAGCGAACUUCCGGCCAGCGCCUCUAUCCGAAAGCGGAUAUUUGGCGCGCGCGCACCCAGCUCCCCGCACUCCGUCAACGACCAAGGCAGCGUCAACUCCAAAGAGAAUGAGUCUUCUGUGGAGGGCAAGUCAUCGUCAAAGAAGAAAGAGAGCAAUAUUGCGCCAGGCCCUGGGCGGCAUGCACGAGGCAGAAAGAGCAUUGAUGCCAGCACACAAGGAAAGGGGGCUGGUGAGCGAUUAAGCAUAUUUGGUGCUUCGUUCGGAGGCACUCUUGGCCGCAAGCCUGCUCCGCGGUAUUCAAGUGGGGCUGACGAUGACAAAGUCGACAAAACAUCAUCUGGCUUUACUCUUCCGCGUCUAAACCGCAAAAACGGUCGGCCAUCGACUCCCGGAGGAGCUGCGGUACCUGCAGAAGGCAUUUCUGCCCCAUUAUCACCUCCGGUUGGACCACCACCUCCUGCAACUCCCGCUACUAACCCAGCACUCCUACGAAAACGGACUUCUUCUGGACAAACUACGAAUGAAGUCGCCAAAGCUGCUAAUGCCGCCGCUAAAGCCUCGAACGGCACUGCCAAAGCUCCUCCAGCCUCCAAUGGGAACGUGCCCUCCGCUGUUUCUAAGCUCAAGCCCAACAUGAGCAUCAUUGAACAAAUUGGGGAAUCAGAUCACGCUGGCUGGAUGCGGAAAAAGGGCGACCGUUACUCGGGUUGGAAACUGCGCUACUUUGUUCUCAAGGGACCCGACUUGUACUGUUUGAAGAGCAGCAACAAAUCAGAAACCAAGAUCAAAGCUUACAUCAACGUUGUGGGAUAUAAAGUCACUGUCGACGAAAAUGUUCACCCUGGUCGAUAUGGGUUCCGGAUCGAUCAUGACCAUGAUAAGACACACUUUUUUAGUUCGGACGAGAAAACCGUUGUGCGAGACUGGAUGAAGGCGAUUAUGAAGGCGACGAUUGGACGAGAUUAUUCGAAACCCGUCGUAUCUUCCUGCAACAUUCCGACUAUUCCGUUGAUGGUUGCUCAAGCAAUGAAUCCAGCCCCUCGGCCACCCUCGCCAACUGCUCGUGCAGCAACUCAACGCGCGAUGCGCAGGGAAAACACAGACCAACCGUCGACAAGAGAUGCUCGGGUUCUUAUGCUGACAGGCUUUGCGACCAGCGACAACACUCCGAAAGAGGAGCGGACUCGACUCGACUCAUUCUUCACCAACGAGACUGUGGACGGUGCGGCUAAUGGUGGCGCCCCUGGCUCACCCCAGUCCUUCGUCCCUCCAAGACCUACACGAAGGAUGAGCACACAACAGGCUCCUGCUCCCGUGGACGAGGGGCUGGUGGAAUGGGCCAACUCACAUCUUCCGUCGCACCUCCAGAUCGUAGACCCAGCGGGACCCCUAUGUGAUGGUCUUGGUCUGCUCCGUCUCGCGGAAUCAAUCAAGGGCAAACCCUCCUCGCCUCCUGUCCCGGAUUCAGCAUUCCCCAAAGACCCCACGGACGACAACUUGGAUGGCCUCUUCCGCUUGUUCGACCUCCUCCUAGAUAACGAAGUACGGAUGGGGAGUGUUAGCAUUAAUGACAUACGGCAGGGCAAACGAGACAAAGUAAUACAGCUUUUGCGCGGGCUAAAGGGCUGGGAGGACAAACGGAUGCAGAUCGCGACCUCGAUCGGGAAAGGGUCUGCACAGGCUGGAGGAUUUAUGGCGUCGGCAUAUUAA